GAUUGCCCAUAACCCCAAAAAAUUGUCAUACUUGUGGUUCUAACCUCAAAAAUGUUCUUUUAAGUGUAAUUAUUUUAAUAAAAUGGCUCUUGCAUUGUCUACCACCGUUAAGUUGUUAGAGGACAAGUUGCUCUCGUUGACCAUUUCUUGCAUGUCUGUGAGGGAGCGACAUAAAUUGAACCCUCCGCCAAAACUACGAAACCCGACUUGGUUUACUCAAAAAAAUCGAGUCUCGUUCACUGACCCCCUCACCACCGAAAACCAAGAGUUCCUGAAAGAGGUGGUUCAAGACCAAUGCAACAAUAUCUCAAGUGAAAAACCCAAAGAUUUAGAUGUAGUCUGGCGUCCGGGUCUGCAAAGGACCGGCGUGAUAGCGCGCAAAAUCGGGAUUUAUCCCAUGUGGUUAAAAAACGGUAAAAAAAUCUCGACCACAUUAUUACAAGUUUUGGACAACCAAGUCAUUAAAUAUUACACGCCUGAAAGUUACAAUCCUCCCCGACCACGUGCUGGGCGGGUUUCCAACAGAAAGGGGUGCCUCCUACUGGGGGCUGAACAAGGGGACCCGUCAGAGUUCACGCGGGAGUAUUGUGGAAUUUUUAAAGACUCGGGGGUUAUUCCGAAAAAAACAUUAGCUCGGUUUUUUGUCAGCCCUGAUGCGGCUCUACCUCCAGGCACCUCAAUUAGCGCUCUCCACUUCUGCGUUGGUAAUUAUGUGGACGUCCGGGGGCUCACAAUCGACCGCGGCUUCCAGGGUGUGAUGAAACGCCACGGUUUCAAAGGAAUGCCGGCAUCCCACGGUGUGACGAAAACUCACCGCCGUGGGGGUAACAUUGGAGGUGGUGGAGAGAAAGGUCGCGUGUGGCCUGGUACUAAGAUGCCAGGCCAUAUGGGCAACCGGUAUCGCAUACUUAGAGCACUCAAAAUUUGGAGGAUUAAUACCAAGUAUAAUGUCUUGUACGUGUCUGGACAGAAUAUUCCAGGAGCAACAAACUCAAUUGUGUAUAUUUAUGAUACAAAAGUUGUUACUAAACGACACACGGAACCAGUACCGUUUCCCACUUACUGGGGAGGAGAGGAGGUGCCCGAAAAUAUCUACGAUAAGGAAUUGCACGAAUUUGGAGAACCUUCAAUUGUUUUCAAAGAACAGUAAUAAUAAAUCUUGUAGAUUGUCUUAGUUUUUGAAAAAAUAAAGAUUAAGUUGAUACAGAA